AUGGAAAGAAAAGGAAAUGAAAAAGAAAGUGAAACUUCAGUUUUAGGCAGGGUUAAAAAACCUGAUGCAAAAGAGGUCUAUAAAGACUGUACCAAACUCACAGAAGAGCUAAAACAACAAGGUUUUCAAAUUAGUCAUAGUGGUGUCUAUAUUAGAUUACUUCCAAAAGGAAAUUUAUCAAAUGAAAGAAAAUGGAAACAUUGUUCAUCUAUUGCAUUUUCUCAUGGCCUCAAUAUGGAAUGCUUAGAUACCAUGUCGGAGUUUAAUUCUAUAAUGAAAACUCCACAAGUCCCACUGAACUCGGUCAAAUUACCUGGAAUUUAUUCCAUCCCGCUCAGAGACCACAGGUUCGACAGAGAAAUGGUUUACAUUGGCUCAACCAGACGUUCAUUAGGUAAUAGGAUUAAAGAACAUAAGACUGACAUACAACACAACAGAACUACAAUGGCUCUCUCAACAUAUGUGACCGAUCAGGACAUCAUGGCAGACUUUGACGCAUCGCAUAUUAUCCUCACUACCACACACCCCGAACAUCUCAAAUGGUUGGAGGCCAUGGAGAUAUUUAGAGCAGGACGCAACACAACAUGCAUCAAUUUUAAAGAGGAGAUAGUCCUUUCAACAGCAUGGCAGAUCCUGCUAGAUUAACUCCUGACCCCCCCUGCUUAUCUCACAGGUUAUAUGUUGUAUGGGUCUGUUAGCUGCGACCAUCAUAUGAGUUUGAGUUGGGUUUGCCUCACAUAUUGAGAUAUGAUGAUUGCGGCUACAUCGUCAACAUGUUAAUUUUCCUCAUUGGGGACAGUUGCAAGUAGUGUGAUUUUGUCCUAGGCACAGAAAAUAAUGAUUAGUCUUGCGCAGUUUUCCUGAGUGGUCACUUGGGUCUGUUAUAAGUGUGCAGUCAGAACUAAAGUGGCGAAGGCUGUCACAGAAGGCACACGGAGGAUGGGAGGAUCCUCUCCCUUUGGUGUUUCUUCCCGUAGACUUAUUAUUCCUUAUCCAGACUUCCAGUGACUGGCUGCCGUAGCUCAGGGUUCUCUUGUGAGAAACUAAUCCUGUGGUCCAUGGAUAGUAGUAGUAGUAAUGAUACAAUCUAUUUUGUCUCCCACAAACUUCAGCAAUUGUUCUAGGUCUGACUCACUAAUGACUUAUGAAGAGCAUGGAUGAGCCACCGUUCACGCAAGGAGUCUGGGAAGGCCCCAAGGAUUUUCAGUGUUAGGGUGCAUCUGUAGUGGUUAACCUGUUCAAUGUUGAAAUUUUUAUUUG